GAGAAAUCAGCGCUGCCGUGUGGACCUACUGAGGGCGUACCGCAGCAAGCUGAGAGAAUUUGUUUUGCAGGAACCGGUGGCGUGCAGGUGUUCGGAUGGUUGACUGGCCAGUCGCAUUCGUGUGCUGGGAACAAGUCAGUAAAGUGAGUGCGUGGCGCGAGGAAAUUUGGUCGCGAGAACCCGGUAGUGCAUGAAAGUGAAGUCAAGAGUGAUAGCGUGGCCACUGGGGUGAAUGCUUGCUUCCAGCACACCAACGGAAGGAUAAAAGUGAAUGCGUACAGUGCUCCAUCCAAAUGUCAGCAUCUAUGUGGUACUAGGAGAGUGCUAAAAUCUACAUUGACAGCCACCGCUCAGGUUCCAUAUCAUCGGCAUGAUAUAGGGUUAUGGGACGGGAAGCAACCACAUCUAACAUUUCCUUAAGGUAUUGAUGCAGUCGUAAUCAACGUGUUGAGACGGAAGAAGACAGAAGCAGAGACAGAGACGGCACCGAUAAGAUGCCGUCACGGAAUGCCCCAUGGACGUGGAUAAAGCUCCUCGGGCUAGCGCUGGCGAUGCUGGACCUCUCGUUGGUUACGGCUCAGUCGAAUACGCCGCAAACAUGUCCACCGGGAAGUGACAUUAGCCCGUGUGUCUGCCAGGUGAAGAAGAACGGGCUGGAUAUUCUGUGCGAGGCGACCGACGUGCAGCACAUCACGAAGGCAAUGAGCGCUCUGAAGGGCAAAAGCCCGAUAAUCUUCUACUUGAAGCUGCGCCACAACAAUCUGCCAAAGCUGCAGGGAUUCGUAUUCCUGGCACUUGAUAUCCGGCACCUGACCAUUCACAACAGCAGUCUUGCUACGAUUGAGGAAACGUCUCUGAGCUCCCUAGGCCGUGGUCUGACACAACUCGAUGUGUCUCAAAAUCAACUGAUGAGCGUACCGUCGAGUGCUCUGAAGAAUCUGCACUAUCUGUUGAUUCUGAAUCUCAACCACAACCGCAUUUCGCAGAUCCACAACCGCGCCUUCGAGGGUCUGGACACGCUCGAGAUUCUUACCAUUUACGAGAACAAGCUAACGUUUAUUGAACCAGACGCUUUUCGCGGCUUGGACAAGAAACUUAAACGGCUCAAUCUGGGAGGAAAUGACCUCACAUCGGUACCGCAGAAGGCUCUCUCCAUGCUGGACAAUCUACGGAAACUGGAACUGCAAGAGAACCGCAUUAAAACGAUCAAGGAAGGCGAUUUCGAGGGUCUCGAGAAUCUCGACUCGUUGAUAUUGGCUCACAAUCAGCUCACAGAAGUACCGGCGCGGGUGUUCUUUCACCUGACGCUACUCAAUUCGCUGGAGCUCGAGGGUAACUCCAUAUCUUACAUUGCCAAGGAAGCGUUCGAGGGUUUGGAAGAGAACCUGCAAUAUCUUCGCCUUGGGGACAAUAAUCUACACAUCAUCCCGAGCGAAGCCCUGCGACCUCUUCACCGCCUGCGGCAUCUGGAUAUGCGCUCUAAUAACAUCUCGGCCAUUAGUGAGGAUGCCUUCGUAGGGUUUGGCGAUUCGAUAACCUUUUUGAAUCUGCAGAAAAACGACAUCAAGGUCCUUCCGGCGCUCGUUUUCGAAAAUCUCAAUUCCCUCGAGACGCUCAGCAUUCAGAACAACAAACUGACUCGCAUUCCGGAGGAGGUGAUGGAGCCGAUCAUGGAUUCGCUGCGUGUUGUAGACAUCAUGGAUAAUCCACUGGUCUGCUCAUGUGAGCUUGUCUGGUUCCCGAACCUGCUACGAGAACUGAAAAACCGCGAUGACGAGAUGACUCAGAAAAAGCGACCAAUGUGUACGAUGCAGAAUGAACAUCGGGAGUACUACGUGCAGAACAUGCCUCUGGAGCGCAUGAAUUGUGUCGGAAAGAAGUACCACACGUCAUCACUCAGCGGCAAUGGAGCUGCUGGGAUGAACAGUCUGGUCACAAUGGUCUUACCAGCGCUUGUGACCGGAACUGCGCUGAUUAGCUGUGGCCGAAUGCGCUAGAACCGUGCGCGGUGAGUAGGCUUACGAUGAACGGGUGUAUAGAUAUCGAAACAGAAAGAAAAUCUCGGGCACUUGAGCAUCUUGAGAGCAAUGAGCUCUCGAAAAGAGGAGCAACAUCUUUGCUGACGAUAGGUCGAUCAGAGCAGCAGCUAAAGCCGAGUGCAGAAAUACAAAUGUCACUUUUAUUUUCCACACUUUCUUUAAAUUUUUAUCGAUCACAGUGCGAUCGGGUCGCAUCCCUGACGACCGUAGUCGAUUUGUUCGAUCGUUUGUAGUGCUCCCGUGUGUGCGGGUCUCUAUUCAUGACAUGAGCGAAGAAGCUAUCGCCACCAAGACAUCGCAUUACCAAAGCGUCUUUCAAUGGAGUAAAUUACACGUUUUACGUUUCCGGAACUGCUACCUUCGGCACAACCUCGCCCCGAGGACAACGAUGCUAGCAUCCAGAGACCGAACAACAUUAGCCAGUGAAUAGAGAGUUAGCUCCCUUUCUUCAGCUUAAUCAUAGCUUCACGCCAAAAUGUUAUGGUAGAUUACUUUGCUGAAGUUAGUAGACGUUCCCACUUUAAUUUUAAGUCAAGCCUAGUGCGUAAGAUCAAUCAUUCUCGAUGUUUCACAAAGCUCCUGUCACCAUCACUAUCUUAAGAAAGAAAAUUAAAUGAUGUUGAAAAUGUGCGGGUAUCAUCGCUUUACGACACAUUCGAUCAUUAUUUUGUGGAAUUUCCCAUGAUGUUUUAAACGAAACUGGGAUCUUUGUCAAGUGUCAGGUGCAAUGAUCCACGUUUCGUGACACGGAAAUCCAGAUUAGCAGACAACGUGUUUCAUUUGAAAGGUCUUUUCGGUUUAGUCUAAUUUCGUAAUUUUAAUGAGUGAAGGACAUUCAUAUUUCUUGGAGGACUUUUCAAUAAUUCAUAUGGAAUAUACGAACUUUUUUUGCUAUGUGCAGAAAUGUACACUGCAACGUUUGACGGCAUAUUAACCCUUACUCUUAGACCCUUCAGUUGUUGGGUCACAUUUGUAAAACUCACCAAAUUGCUUCUCAGUGUCAAGUUUCAAAAAUGCACUGGAUAGAGUUAUUUACACAACACGAUGGAACAGAAUAGUUGACAGUGUUAAAACAUAUCACAUAUAAUGCUUAAAAUUAUGAGAGCAUCAAUGAAUGCAAUUAAAUAUCUAAUAUAUAUACACCAUCAACUCACGUAUUAUACUACAUAUCAAACAAAAAAUGUUGAACUCAAGCAGAAAACCACGACUAAAGGAUACAGUUUCUUAAUAGAUGUCUAUAUAUAUAGAUAUAUAUAUAUAUAUAUAUGGAAUACAACAAAAGCGAAGAAAGCAAAUAACAAUACAUAUCAAUCAAAUAAACAAGAGCAUAUAAAAACCACUCGACACAAGAUACCGAUAGAAUAGAACAGUGCCAGUGUUGUUCCGGAUGCCAAUAACAUCAACAUCUUGCGCCUGGUGAGCGGUUGCUUCAAAGAAGAACGAACAAUCAUGUUAUUACAUUUUGAUACACUUAUACAACCCGUAGGUAGUGGUUCACUAACGCCCUGAGAGAGAAAGUCAACUCGAAUACACGAUGGUUUCUCCCAAUUUAUCCCCCAACAACAUAUCAUGGCCCUGGUGCUCAAUCACGGGCAAACAAAACAACAGAAUGAUCAAUUCGCAGCUGAUCGAGAGUGAGUUUAUUUCAGCAACAUAUCAAUGGCAAGCCUGUAGGCCCCGUUUUUCCGGAGGACAGGAUCAAAACAUAUCAUGUUUCACUCGUCAAGAAUUGCACGGUUUGACAAUUUUUCUUACCAUACUUACCGGUGGACUAAACAUUUCACAGUAUCUCCUUCGAUGCAUGUGCAAGUGUGUAGAAUUUUCACAAUUGAAAACAUUGAGCUUUGGCGUGAAGGUGGAAAAGUGUCGUUUGUAACUCAAAUCGUUUCCAAAACAUAUCAUUAGUGUAUAAGACACGACUUUAACUUGAAAUUUCGCUAAAUUGUAAAACACAAAAUAUCAAUCUAACUGUAAUAAGGAGGUUUGUUAGCUCUUCGAUUUCUUGUCAUUCUAUUGGCUGUAAAGGGAUACGGUAUCUUGCCAGUUUGUUUGUAAAUCGGGUGCAGAAAGACCGGGAGAACUAGAACAGUCCAAAUGUACCCUACCGUAGAAUUUAAGAUCCCUACACAACCAUAGUCAGCUUCCAGCUCUAGAGCCAAUUACUACAAAUGUAGUGGGACUAGUAUCCCCGUUAAAACAUCAACCCAAGAGUGCAGUUAUCACGGAAAACAUUCAAUCAUACACCAUAUUUUCAAUCACUAAUAUGUACGUGUAAUGUGAUUUAUAUUUUUCCACACGACUACAACCCAACUGUAACACUGUUUUCCACACGAUUGCGAAUCAUCGCUAAGCAUAAUGGAAGUAAAAAUUCUCUUUUCGAUCGCUUAGAAACGUACGAACAAGAAUAUUUACGUUUCGAGCUUGCGGAACAUGUUGUGGUUGUGUUGCUGCUGUGUUCGAAAAGUAAUCGUACCGCGUACUAUACACAACUGAUUAGUAAACGCGCUAGGUGCUGACUGGGUGUUGGUUGUCCUGAAAACAAUAUUGUCCUCAAUACUUAGCCCAUAAGCAUACAAAGCAGAAGUGUAGAUGCCGGAGGAACCCAAAUUUACUCAACAUAAUUUUCAUAUUCACACCCGCACAUAUAUUGUACGAACGUUGGUGUACUCCGAACGCAUAUAUUUUCCUACGGUAGUCCUUUAGAAACCGGAUGUUCCGGAAGAAGAUAUUGUAGAGAAUGUAUCUAAUGAAGAAUGUGGUACACGUCGUUAAACUGUUUUCGCGUGUGCGCUUUAGAGUAGCAACUUCAGAGAGAAUGAUUUUAAUUUUUUGCCUGUAAUAUCGUCGAUGCUACUACGCCCGUUUAUUUGAAACCGAAACGCGGUGACGAUGCAAAUGAUGAAAUGUGGCGGUUUACUAAACAACAUUUCGUAGUAUUUACGUCAACCCCGCAGCAAUUUUCCAUACACCAGAUUUAAACGCACAGACACUCUUGUUGCUCUUCAUCAAUCCUUCACAAUCGUCAAAAUCAUCAAUUUUUGCUCUUAACGAUGUAGUUCCAAUCAAUUCUAUGGAUGUAUGGAUGUAAGUGUUGCUCGCAACGUGGCGGCAGCUAAUGAAGUGUUAUUCGUUGUGUAUCGAAGCUAUACCGAUCACCGAUCGUAUCUUUCCGAAAGGAAACUUAUACUCUAUUUGUAAUUACGAAAACCAUACAAAAUUCUACAAUAGGUAUAGAUUUGAAAGUGUAAGUUAAAGAAACACGUGCAGUGUAAGGAGAGAAUAGGUAAGGAAAGAUUACAAAUCUGAAUGAAACUCCACCAUAGAAGUGCAAACCACAAACGAAAAACCACAGAAAUAUCAAUACAGAAUAUUGCAAUUCUAACUGUCUGUUUAUUUACUUGUGCAAAAAGCUUGUUGUUAUCGAAAAACUAGUAUUUCAAAACAUAAAAGCAACUGAUAAAAAUCUGUUACUAUGAUAAAGAUACAUCUCAAUGGCUUACAAAAAUGAAAACCUAUCCGUGUGUAUUAAACAGAAUCUCACCAGAAAGACAGAGUGUGGCGGCCAUAGUGGCUAGCAUAAUCAACUAGAAAUCGAAAACCACAAUAUCUACAGAGUCUCUGUAGCAUAAGAGUAGCUCUAGAACAGAUAGUUAAGAGCAAGAAAAACAGGAACACCCAAGUCCAACCCUCAGUCUAAGAAGUAGAAGAACGUACGUUCAAAACUCCUUGCCGUAAAGCACACAAACCACACAGUGCAGUACAGUACCACGGGUGAAUCUCUCUAGGACAACAGUAGCACCGGUGCGGACUAGUAGGCCCCGACGUACACCGGACAGUGCUGAUGAAAAUGAAGGUUAUAUUUGUAUUUAUGUGCGCGAGGGCACCGCAAGAACCGCAGGAACAACGCGCAACACCUCUAUACCGCGGAUGCAACAGGCCUUUGGAGGCAAGUGAUAAGCUGCUGAGAGCAGAGCUAGAAAGAAUAUCGUUGCAUAUCGACUGCCAAGUCUUUGGGCCGCGUGCUUGCUAGGACAGGGGAUUGGACCGUUCGUUGGGACGUCGACGUGGACGUGUGUUUAUAUGCGUCGGAGAUGAGAAUUCGCGAAGUGUGCGAAGCAACUGGUGCGAAGCCGAGAACUACUAAUGAGAUGCUAAAAUAAAGAGAUUUUUCCCGAGUUGAUUCGGAAGCCAAAACAAGUUU